AUGACCUCUGUCUCUGAGUCGCAACAUCAAGAGGAGCUACUAAGCCUCGACGAGUGGCUGACGUGUAAACUUCUCGGGAAAGACCUUCAUCCUGAGUUACAGGCUGCGUUGUUUGAAUCAGAAGGAUUGAAUCAAAUAACGCCAACCUUUGAUCUACUUCCUUUGCAUCCUCUUGUUGAUCCGGAGCGUAAGGCAACAAGCUUGAAGGAGUUUUUACUUACUGCUUGUCACCAUCCUCAGAGCACUUCACCUUCGGACCGAGGGUCUCAACAAAGAAAUAAACUAGUCACGUUCAACAGAGGCUUCACGCAGCAGCUUAAAGGGAACGCCGUCGCCCAGUUCAUUAGCAAUCUUCAUAUCUACCAUAGGCUAUACGACAGGUUCAAAUACUACGGUAGGACCAUUGCCAUAGUACAAUCGAGCGGCACGGGAAAAUCAAGGCUAAUGAGGGAAGUCGCCAACCAAAUCCCAUCUGUCACCAUCACGUUCCGAAGCCCAAUGUAUUACAAUAAUGUUAGCGAGGGGUGGCCACCUCCCGAUCAGCCGGUGCAGGAGUUUCUUUUGAACAAUUAUCCAAAUGUCAGGGCGGAGGUAGUCGCAGCGGCACUCCUUGGCGCGAUGUUCGAAUUUUUUGGCAACUGCAUCAAGAAUUUUGAUAAAUCACAACCUUUGCAACUAAGCUGGCUAUCCCCCUUCGUGAUUGUAGACCCUUCAAAUCCCAAAUCAUCAACAAGACAUCGUUCGUUUUGUGACAUUAGGGCGCAAGCAGAGAAGUUACUCAACAUUAACUCUGCGAAUCUGGCCUACGAGGAUGCCUAUGAUGAUCAAGACGCACUCAUCGCAUGGUACGGACGAGUGUACAGUGUCCUCUGUCAUAAGGCGGCCAAGGCCUUAGCGAUUACUCUCAAAGGGACUCAGCAUAAUUUUCUUGUCAUAGGAUUUGACGAAUGCAGCUUCCUAGAAAAAGGCGGGGAUGCUUCGUCCGGUCCAACUGCGAUGUCUAUCAUUGCUUUGCAGAGAGUCAUCGAAGCCGCUGAUGAUUACUCAGUGGGUGAUCUUACCAUCUGGUACACCUUUAUCGACACUAGCUCUUCAGUGUUUGAACUCGUCCCGCGUAGGGAGAAGGCCCCCUCUUUCUGCCUCGGCGGUUUACUAGAUCCCCUCAUGCCAUAUCCAUUUACUGGUUUCGACCAAUGUGCUCCCUCUGAUCUUUCUAGAACCCCUCGUGAUGGCCUUAAUCUGGAACGAUUACGGAGGUAUGGGAGGCCGCUAUGGUCCACAGAGAUUGUUAAGACAGUGGUCGAGCUUGCAUAUCAAAAACUUUUUUGUAGCACGCAAUUCACGUCCAACAACGUAAACGACGUGUUCGCCGCCUUCUCCCAACGCGUGGGCCUUGAUUUAACACAUUCCGCUGAGUCUAACCGCAUCGCUAUCGAGGCUGUCCGGUCCCACAUGAGGAUGUUGUUUGCGGUCGUCGAUCGCACAUACAUUGAGACGAGGGUUCCUUCAGAACCUAUUCUUGCUUUAGCAGCCGCUCAAGCACUGCGACCUUCGGAAUCCCUCAAAACAGCCAUUAAUACACUCUUUCAGAAGUUGCUUUUACAAGGUCAUAUUAUGGACCGUGGUGUCCAAGGCGAACUCUAUGCUCGUAUACUUCUGACUUUGGCGCGCGAUGCAGCUACACAGGCGUGCAACGUCGGUCCGGACAAGAAUUACUUUGUCGUGGUCAAUGACGCCAUGCAUUUUGUUGCCACUAUAACACUCGCUGGCUUGCUCACAGAACUUCAUGGCGAUAAGAAGGAAGAUCCUACUUACAAGAAUCUCUUGCAGAUGGCGCAAAAAAAGCACGUCAAUUUUACGCACUUCGUUCAUCUCAACCAGAUGAUCGGAAACUUUUCCGCAGAGUAUCUACACUACCUAUGGGACCGUCAAUGUGCCAUACAAUGCGCCCAUAACCAGCCAGUCGUUGACAUUAUCAUCCCUACCUACUCGGGCUCGUUGGACGACCCAUGGGAUGAUGCCAAAGUAGGCACGUUCUCCGUCCAGGUUAAACUGAAAGGAGCACGUGUUCAGCCUUCCGUGGUCGAAAGUCUGGUCGGCCCCCGCAUCGAAGGGAGAAGGCCUGAUAACGAGGUCGUCAUGCUCAUGGAACUCGGACUAAAACCAUCUGCUCAGGUUAGGAAACCCAUGGCAGCCUAUUAUCAAACGACAGCAACUGUUCCAAAUUCUACCUGGAAAGGUUAUGAGCGACCAGAGACGAAGCCGCGUUGGUGCAUUCACAUUCGUGGUCACUCCGCCGACGAAUAUCCUGUCGUUGGCGAGCACCAGGCCUUACAGCAGGUCUUUGAACACGUGUGUCCUUGGCCCAUUGAGGAAUUCCAAGAUGACGGAGAUGCGUUCGAAGCAUUGCUAUCGACGUCCAUCACCCCCAACGGUCAACCGAUUGUCAUGGAUUUAGACACAUAG